AUGUCUCUACACUUGUUUUGUUUAUUCAACACUCUCUUCUUUUUCAAGAGGUGUCCCAUCUUCAUGGAACCACAGAAUCUAACUGGUGUCUCAGAAUCCUUCCUCAUGGGACUCUCAGAUGACCUGGAACUACAGCCCCUUCUCUUUGGGCUGUUCCUGUCCAUGUACCUGGUCACUGUGCUGGGGAACCUGCUCAUCAUCCUGGCUGUCAGCUCUGACCCCCACCUCUACACACCCAUGAACUUCUUCCUUUCCAACCUGUCCUUGGCUGACAUUGGUUUCAGCACCACUACGAUCCCCAAGAUGCUGUUGAACAUUCAAACACACAGUAGAUCUGUCACCUAUGCAGACUGCCUAACUCAGGUAUCCUUUUUUUUCCUAUUUGGAUGUUUGGACAAUCUACUCCUGGUGAUGGCAUAUGACCGGUUUGUGGCCAUUUGUCACCCCCUGCACUACCCAGUCAUCAUGAACCCAUGCCUCUGUGGCUUUUUGGUCCUCGUGUCAUUUUUCAGCAGCCUUUUGGACUCUCAGAUUCACUAUUUGAUGGUGUCACAACUUACCUUCUGCACAAGUGUGGAAAUUCAUCAUUUCUUUUGUGAUGCACCUCAACUUCUCCACCUUGCCUGUUCUGAUACGUCCAUCAAUACCAUACUAAUGUAUUUCAUGGGGGCCAUUUUUGGUGGCGUUCCACUCUCAGGGAUCCUUUGCUCUUAUACUCGAAUUGUUUCCUCCAUUCUGAGAGUCCCAUCAACAGGCGGGAAGUACAAAGCCUUUUCUACCUGUGGCUCUCACCUGUCAGUUGUUUGCUUGUUUUACGGAACAGGUCUUGGGGUAUACCUCAGUUCAUCUGUCUCCCCCUCCCCUAGGAAGGGUGCAGUGGCGUCGGUGAUGUACACUGUGGUCACCCCAAUGCUGAACCCCUUCAUCUACAGCCUGAGAAACAAGGAUAUCAAGAGAGCACUGUGGGGGAUUAUCAGCAGGACAGACUAA